GUAGUAUUACAAAGUAAUAAAGGAUUAGGAAAACCAAAUCACUGGAAUUUAUAUAAAUUUGCAACAAAAAAAAACUUCAAACACCGUUUCUUCUUCACUCGAUUUAAUCUCUCUCAAUCAGGCAACCUUAGCAUCGAAAUCUCUCAGAGUUCUCGAGUGUGAUUUUCGAGUUAUUACUAAUCAAAACAAUUGAGCAAUGUUUACUCGGCUAUUCCGUAAACCUAAGCAGAAGGAGACAAAAAUUCUCCAAAUAUUAGAGAAGCUUAAUGAGACUCUUGGCAUGCUGGAGAAGAAGGAAAGUUUGCUUCUCAAGAGAGCUGCUCAAGAGGUUGAGAGAGCAAAGCAGUUCACCCGUGCCAAGAACAAACGAGCGGCUAUGCUAUGUUUGAAAAGGAAGAGGGUCUAUGAGCAACAAGUUGAACAGAUUGGAACUUACCAGCUCCGUAUUCAUGAUCAAAUGAUUAUGUUAGAAGGUUUUAAAGUAACAACAGAGACUGUAGAUGCUUUGAGGAGUGGUGCUUCUGCGAUGAAAGCUAUGCAGAAAGCAACAAACAUUGGCGAUGUAAACAAGACAAUGGAUGAGAUCAAUGAGCAGGCAGAUAACAUGCGACAGAUCCAGGACGCAUUGUCUGCUCCAUUUGGAUCUGAUUUCGAUGAGGAUGAAUUGGAAGCAGAACUUGAAGAACUUGAAAGCGCAGAGCUAGAAGAGGAACUUCCUGAGCCAGUAAGACCUGUUCAAAACCUUCCUAAAGGAAAGCAACCGGCUCGUCCUGCAACUCAGAAGAAACAGACUGCUUAUGAAGAUGAGCUGGUUGCAUUACAAGCUGAUAUGGCUCUCUAAAAGGUCUUCAACUGCAAAAGUUAAAGAGAAACUAGGGUUUUGUUUACUGCAGCGGAAGCUGGUCGUCUUAGAAUAUGAGGUUUGUGUGUGCAUUAUUUAAACACAGAAGGAAGAAAGUUUGAAUGUGUAUAAGGAUCCGAGUCAAAUUCUUUUGAAAGUUUUUUGUCUAAA